AUGACGGCUGCCGAAAAUGCACCUUUGGAACUUUUGUCCAUUACAAUGAAGCACCCGGGGAAAAGACCGUUUGACUGCAAGCCAUGUCCAGAAGGUAAUUCUCUUAAACUCCCACUCUUACCGCACUAUGGAGCAUAAUAUUAGUUAUCAUUUGAUCCAAAUUCAGCUUCCUUCUCAUUAGCCGAGACCCUAGCACGUGACCUGCAAUUAACUGCCUACAAAUAAUUGUCUGCUCAUGCGCAACGUCGUCCAACUUUCUUUGCCUGCAAAUAAUAUUCUCUCUAUGCCAUCGCUUUUGCGAGGAAAUGGCAGCUUCCCGAAGAACGUUCAGCAAACGCUCCUUUAAAAAGGUGUUAUAGUUAUAUGUAUGUCCAUAUAGUAUUUAGCUAUAAUUAAAACUAAAGGUUACAAAUAUGUGUGUAAUGCUGCACGCAGACACUGGGUAUCUGAGAAACGGUGAACUGAAAUACACAUGCAUGCAAUUAGUAGGAUAAAGGAGUACAGGGGAGUCACGAUUUCUUUGUGAUUUUGAAAGUGUUUACGAGCGCCACAAUGAGUAAAAGGUAGCGCAAAUUGGAAUAACACAACGAGAGUGGAACGAUUUUAAAUUAAGUUAUGAAGACACUACUGCAUAAGCUUGCUAAUUCCAAUCAUCCUGACAAAACAUAAAUCCAUUUUAUAACGCCUAAAAAGCGAAAGGACUGACAAAGGAAACCACAUGAGACCCAAAUAGUAUUUUGCCUCCACUACACAACAGAACACACAAAACAACACUUGGAGCAUGGGCGUGUCGGUCAGCCAGGCCCAAACACUUUAUUAACUCACGUGAAUGAUUCCACUGUUACAGUAAUUCUAAGAACACGCUACAGCCGGACACGUAAACUCGAAAAAACCAACUAUUGGAAAAAUAGGGGCCGUGUAACCCCAACCUAUACGCUAUGGCAUCCCUUUGGGGUUAUAAGGCGAAACUAAUAAAAUAAAGCCUAAUAACAUGAAUACGAGCAGAAAACGAGAUGCUACAUAAAAUAGCUAAGAAACAUAGGGACGAGUACAGAAGGCAACGAAAUUAAGGCUAACAGAAUAAGUGAAAACUAAAGUAAACAAAGCAAGUUGACGCGGCGAGGCCGCGACCGUAGAAUGACACGCAUAACGAAACGGUCACUAUAUCAAACCCCGUAAACGAGAUCCCUCGCGCGCUACUCUAGAACCCAGCUCUCCGUUCUGUGUUGGCAAAAUAAUAUCUUAUGUCAAUUCUAAUUUACACAAAUUAUAUAAUGUGCUGCUCGCCUGGGGACUCGAAGCAGAUAGGUGGCCAAUAGCUGCAAGUGUACUGUCUAAGGAAGCUGGACUUAUUUAGGGACGGACCAUUAGAAAACUUAUGCGGAGUUUGGCGGGCGAAGUUCAAAAAAAUAUUCGCGCAAGAAAAAUUAAAUGAAAAAAUUCAUGCACGCUAAUUAAUCCUAAAAAGUAUUCAUUCUAUGGCCUAAAAAAAAUUCAUACAAGGAAUUUGAUAACGAAAAAAAAUUCCUGUGGCUCGAAAAUUUCCCUCCCCUUCCCCCCAUAACUUUUCUAAUGGUCCGUCCCUAGGGGUAAGUUAGAAAGGUGUGAGAAAAGAAAAUAGAGACAAGAGACAAAAUAAAAACAACAACAACAAACAACCACUUUCUUUUUGUGAAGAAAAUAGUCAAUUUUUGGUCCAUUUUUAGAAAUAAAAGCGCCACUCUCAACGCCAUUUGGGACCUUACGAUACCAAGACGGCGAUGGUAACGAGAACGUCUAAAACACAAUGGGUUUUUUUUUUUUAUGAGGAAACCAACAACUCCGCAUGCACUGUACAUUUCUUUGUCGUCCCUGCACAACUACGUUGUGAAAUGUCCAAAUGACGUGAAAACGGGAAUGGCAAGGCUAUAAAAUGUACUUAUUCUCUCUGAACUAGGACACGUCCCCCUCUUUUAGUUCCAGCCUUUAACCCGCGUGGAGUUUAGUUCCAACUUCUAUACUUUCAAGUAACUGGGUGACUUUUUUUUUUUAUCGGCGUCGCCAUUUUCAUAUCGUAAGGUCCCUUCUAACCCUUUGCCGUCAGCCACUUUUAAGGAAAAAGCCGCAUUUUGGACCAAAUCCUUCUUUUUGAACCGUUUUUCGGCCAGUUAGCAUGGGAAUAGCUAGAAAAGAGACUUCCAACACUCAGGACUCAAAUUUCUACUAACUGGAUGCAAUUAAGCGGCUUUUUUGUUUUUCGGGCAUGCGCACUGGCCAAAUUUCUUUUUUCUUUUGCGAAUCUAUUUCGAUAUUUUUUUCUCGCUAUCUUUUUUUUCCUUUUGCCUUUCUUUUUAUAGCCAGUUUUGUUGCCCACUUUAUCAUCUUUCUUUUGCACGAAAUUUUGGUUGGGUUUCUUUCCAACAAAGGAAGAAAUUUAUUGUGUAAAAAGUAGUAGGUAAAUAGCAAAAUUGGUUGUGAAUGUUUCCCCAAAUGUUGCUUGUUUUCUGUCUGUUAACUCUCGGGAUUAGUCAAACGUACUAAAUGAGGUACCUUUGGACAGCUCUAUCCUCGCUAAUUUUGCUAAUCCAUUGUUAAAGCUUUGAUGGAAAUGUUAAUGGAUCCAGGAAGAAAAAUAUGCAUGGGUCCAUAUGGACCUAAAAUGGCAAAAGCGGACGACACAGAGUUUUAACCCGCGUAGAGUUUCAGGAGAUGAUAUAUCGCCUUGCAACUUUAGUUGAGUGCUCUCUAAAGUUUCCAAGUGCUUCUCAUCUCAUAUGUAUUAUAAAUGGUCUGCUUGGCAGGCGCAAAAAGGGAAGGGGGAUGGGAAAGGGAAAAAAGUGCAAAAGCGAAGAAAAGGGAAGGGAACUCCAGCUAUAAGAGCCGAAGUUUUUGCUAUUUUGUCAACUAAUCCGAAAACGUCAACUGACAAUACGUGACCAAUGACAAGUAGUGGGGCUUCUUAGCGUGGUCCCAACCUAAUUACUUUGUUUACCGGGAAUUGUCAAGUCGAGACGCCUUUUUUCAACUAGAAAACAUUUUACUUUUCUUGCUCCCGCAGCAAACACGACCAACAUAGACUUUUUUUACUGCUCGCAGUUUACGACAAACAAUGAUCAUCUUGAAAAUGCUCACAAACAGUCGCCAGCCUGAGACUCGAAUAAUGAAAGGCGAAUUAUUAACAAUAGUCAAAAAGUUCAAGGAAUAGCUUUUACCAAAGCUUCAGCUCUCUCUUUACAAACCAUUUAGAAGGUCAUUCAAGACGGUGUAUGUUUUUGCGGAAAAGGCGGUCUUGUGAAUGUCGGCAUUGCAGAUGUCUGGCAAGAAUCGUUAUCGAAUUGAGUCGCCGCUCGGCGUUUGAAAAAAUCCAGUAUACAAAACCUCCUAAGCAUCUCUGCCUGCUAAACAAGCUAUUACAGACAGUUGGUUCUAGUUGGUUCAGUAGAUCACAUUUCCUUGAUGCCUGCAUCAAGUUUGUCUCUCACCAAUUCACGCCAGGAUACACGCCAAUAAGUUACUUAUUACGGCUCAGGCAAUCAGGAAUUUGCGGACGCCAGCGUCCGCAGAAAUGAACAAAAGGGGGUUCUUAUAGCAGGCGUCCCUUACCCUCUCUCCCCAGUCCCCCUCCCUUUUUCCCUUCCUCCAUAUCCUAUGCCCGGUUCGACGCCUUCUUCGCAGGCUAAUCAUAAAUGUCUAUCACAUAUAUCAUCUGUAUUCUUGCACAGGACGAAAAAACGGAUUUACCGAACGUCAAAGGUGAAGUCAAACGGGCGAUAAAGGCCACCUUUGCACACCUUUGUACAACUUUGACGCGCGACAAAUGUUUACCUUUGCCGGCGGUCAAAGGCGAGUCUUCAGGCGAUAAAGGCCGUUUUUGUCACGCCUUUAACCCCUACCUUUGACGCGCGUCAAAGGUAUAUUUCAUUAGCAUUUGUACCCCUAUCAAAGGCGUCCUCAAAUAUGUCUGAGAUUCAGGCCAAAGGUGUGACAAAUGCGCGGCAAAGUUAUGUCUGUGAUUAAAGUCAAAGGCUUGUGAAAAGUUUCGUCAAAUGUGUCUGAACCUCAGGUCAAAUGUGUGAUGUGAUGUGUGAUGUGUAAUUUCCUUUCUUAAUAUCAGUUUCGACUAAGUGUUUGUAGAAGUAAUUCAUUGCAUAUUUCCUCUCACCUUUCAGCACCAUUCAAAAGUGUUGUAAAAGUGUAGCGGUCGUAUUUGACUUCAUUUUUGACUAGUAUCAAAGGUGUGGUCACUGCUAACUACACUUUUGACUUCAUCUUUGACGUGCAUCAAAGGUAAAGUCAAAGUUACCAGCAUAUUUGACAACGACUUUGAUAAGGGUUAAAGGAAUAGCAAAGAAUUGAUUCAUUUGACUUCAUCUUUGACGCGCGUCAAAGGAGAAGUCAAAGUUGUUACCAAUUUGACUUCACCUUUACCGAGGUCAAAGGAGUAAGCAAAGAGGUUAUAUAUUUGGCGACGUCUUUGACGCGCGUCAAAGGUGAAGUCAAAACCAAUACCAUAUUUGACUUAACUUUUGACGCGUGUCAAAAGUGCAGUAAAUCCAAUUUUUCGUCCCGUGUUGAUAUAUACAUCUAUGUACACGGUAGUUAAAUUUCUAUUUAAAAAAAUCCAAAGCAGCUUUGCUACGCUAACUUCAAUGCGUUGCUCAUUUGUGUUAAGGAAAUACGCUUCUGUACCGUUCAUCGAUCUCCUUGCGCUUCAUUUGGGCCGUAUCAUCUGGGCAUUUUCUUCGCUAUUGCUCAAAUUUUUCGCGACCUCGAAAACUAACAAAAAAACGGAAAUAACUUAGAUUGGAAUAUGUACUCGAUGUAUCCUUUGUUGUGACUUUAAAAACUUCAUGAAGAGGAAUAAAAUGUUUACACAUGGCACAAGCGCACUAUACUCAGAAAUGCGAUGACUGUAGUUGUUCCUAGGCAUGCUGCUUUCUUCGGUGCCAGUAAAUGUAAGUGGGGGAGCAAAAGUUGGGAGCAAAAAAAACUAAUGAAUAGCUCAUAAAUAAAUUGCCCGGGAAACUGUUAUUUCUCAAAGAUGAAAGGACACCGUAAGUGAAAAGGGGAACGAAGGAAAAAAGCAAAACAUGCGUAGGCUAGUACUAUUUUAAACGAGAAUUUUUUCCUUAAAUAAGUACAUGUACGUUGUAAUGAAUGAUGAAAAAUCUUCUUUUAUAAGCCAUGGCCCUUGGUAUAAAAAGGCGGGAAACUGUUUUUUCUCAGACAUGACGUGUUUUGCAGCUUUUAUUUGGGUAUAAGCUCCCUGUGACUUAAAAUCACUAAGUCGUGACGUAAUUAUGCACGUUCUAUCUCCUGCCGUAUUCAUUGCCUAACAAUUGUAAAAGUUCCCAAAAUUAUGUAAAUUCAGGGCAUUUUUAAAACGCUCGUACGAAAAAACGAAAGCUAAUCUAUAGUUCAUCUUCACAAGGUUUGUUGCAUAUUUCUCAAAGUUACUUUCAAGCUGUAUUUUAUCUUGAUCUAGGCUUUCUUUCUCUUUUUUACACCCGUGCAAAGAAAGUAAUGCAUGUUUCGUGCUUUGUUGACACAGUGAAUUUUACCAUAUUUCAGAAUGUUAUAGCAUGAAGGGUAUAUAUAUUUAGCGGCUGUGAAAGGAUUCUUUAGAAAGAACAAUUAUUCUUGUUUGUCAUACUAAAAGCUUGUUUUUGGUCCCCAAAAGCGAGCGGGCUAGACGAAAAUGAAUCAAGUACACUUUAACGAUUUUUCCGUUCUUAAUGUAUUCAGCCAACAUUGAUAGUAGUAACAUUCUCUGCAUCAAGAACCUUGCUGUUGUUUGUAAGACCACUUUUUGUUCAUUAAAAUUGAUAUAUUUUAGCUAAGGAACAUUUUGCAAAGCAUUCCAUCUUUAUUACAUACGUUUUGGUGUUCUGGUGAAGUGUUCUGGUAAAUUAUAGAUUAGGCGUGACAAACUUAUGAAACAACAGGUGGUAAAAAUUUUCGGCUCCUGGUCCUCCUGCUGCAUGCCGACUGUCGGUCCUGCUUAAUCCCACAUUCUGCUUUUCUGCUUCCAAACCAUCGAAAAAGACAGAAAGAAAGGUAGAAAUAACCAUCCGAGAAACAUGUAUUGUUCUUUAACGUAAAAAUAAUUAAAUAUUCAGAAUGCCAGCAAAAAGUUUAAAUGGAGGGCAAUUAUAAUACACGAAAAGGAAACUUCAAAUGGCCGUAACCAUAUGAGUGCUCGAUGUUUUUUUUUCUUUCCUUGCUAUCUUUUUUCCAUCAUCGAAUUAAAAUUAGGUUGCUUUUGCAUUCAGCUUAUCACAAAACAUUACUUUAUUUGGAAAACAUUUAAGUAGUCACUGAAACUUGACUGGACAAAAAAGACGUUCAUACUGUUGGGCAGUUGCCGUUAGCAGAUAAGCUCUGAUUUACGAUCUGAUCACGUCUUCACUUAAUUCAAGAAAAAAGGACUUACUUGUUUGUAAACCAGAAAUUUAAAGCGAUUGUCAAUUGUAACCACAACACAUUGGAUGUGUUAAAAAACUGUCAUGCCGGCAACCAGCGACGCGAUGUUGCGUGACAAUUAUCACGAAAUUAAAAUGCGAUACACUUGUUUGGAAGAAGUACCCCAAAAAGCAUCUUAAAAGAGACGGCCAAAUACGGACUGCGUUUUUUUUUGUUACGCUGUGGUUACCAAUACCAACAUUUCGGCUUUGGAACUGUGUCUUGAAGAUCUUGAGAAUCGCUCAUCCUGGUUUGCCUCAAAUUAUUUGUCCGUCAAUGCCAAGAAAACCCAUGCGAUGAUCCUGGUAAGCACUCCCAUGAACCUGCUCUUCAUAUUGGCGACUCUGUUAGCGGAAUAAAUGGCUUCCUGAAUAUUCUUGGUGUUCAUAUCGACGAUAAGUUGUCCUUUAACGACCACCCAUUAAAGUUUUUAAAGAAGGUCUAUGCCAAGGUUGGAGCUCUGAGACGACUUAGAAAGCUGGUGCCUGCUGACAUCGCACUUACGCUGUACAAGGCUUAUAUACUUCCACAUCUUGAAUAUUGUAGGCCAUUACAAUUAGGGAUUAACAAAACUUUGAACAAGAAACGUGAAUCGGCAAACUAUUAAGCUUUAAAAGCCCUCUUAAAUUUCGGAAACAGCUUAGAUUAUGAUUCCAUAUUGUCGCUGUAAACAUGCAAUCACUAGAACAUGGACGGUGCUAUCAAUCUCUUAUCCUCCUUUUUAACUGUAUAAAACGAAAUAGGGCUGACUAUAUUUCUGAUUUAUUCGAACCUCGUAUAUUGCUCUACAAUUUAAGGAACAGAGAUCACAAUCUCACUCAAACAUCCUAUAAUACUAGGGCGAAUAUAGGCGAAAUUUUAUCUAGAGGGGUUCGGGAGCAUGCUUACACAGAAAAUGGUAAAAGUUAGAAUUUUUUGGGUUAAUUUCUACCAAUUCUGAGAUUGAUUUUGCCCAAUUUUUAUCACCAAUCCGCUGGUUUUCUGCACAAAAACGUACAUGUAGCAAAGGAAAUUGUGUUUGCUUAAACAUAAAGAUUAGAAGACUUAAAAAAUCCAUGGUAUUAUUGGCGGGGAUAUAGCCCACUCAGCCUAAGGCUUCGCGGUCUCUGACCAAGAUUGGUUACCACAGAUGUUGUAAAUGUAAAGAAAAAAGCCAUUUGCGAGGGAAAGAUCCUUAUGCUAUGAUCCUUACGCAGCCCAGAUAAUUUCUGGAACGAGGAAAUUUGAUCAUGUUACACCUAUUCUUAAGCAGUUACAGUGGCUGCUAAUUAUUAAACAACUUGCGGUUAUGGAUGCUACCAUGGAAUUUAAAUGCUUAAAUAGACUUGCACCCCCAUAUCUUUGUCAGAAGUUUAAAACAAGAACGGAAGUGGACAACUGCAACACUAGGAAUAGGGACCGCCUACAUGUACGACCCUGUAGGACGGCUGCAGGUCAGCGCGCGUUUACCUUCAGUGGCCAAAAGCUGUGGAAUAGUCUCCCAGACGAGUUUCAGUCUAUUACUAAUUUAGAUGUAUUUAAAGUCUUGAUCAAAAACGAUUUCUUAAAACAUAAGCAAGCGAAUAUUAACGUUAAAAGCCAACGUUUCGGUAUCAUCAUGACACCAUUCUUAAGGCAAAAUGAAUAAAUAAUGCGAAGAUUUGACUUCUAUAGUCUCUACAAAUUAGCAUAAUAACAAAGGAUCACAAGUUCUUCAAGUGAAUACCUUUGCGCGAAUCGAGCUUAAAAAUCAAGACCACUUUUCAGCCCGUGUUCAUCAGCAGAAAACUCAACGAAGACCUUAAAUUUCGAGAAGUCAAGCCAGCCAUUGUUAACCAACAAUGUGCGAUGCAGGAUAUGUUGGUUAUACUCGCGGCCACCUCCACGAACGCGUUGAUGGACACAAACAGAAAUCGUCGUCAAUUUGUAAACAUUAUCUUAGCGAACAUAACUCGGACGUACCACCUCUUCUUUCAGAACAAUUUCACGUCCUCACUAAAGGUUCUAACAAAUUUGAUUGCCUAAUUAAGGAGAUGCUCUUUAUAAGAAAACUCAAACCAUCCCUAAACGUGCAGGCGGACCCUCGAAAUCCCGAGGAGGCACUCUAGUAACUCGCGCGUAUAUUAAGGAAAGUACUUACAGUUGAAAUAUACAGUCAUAAAGUCAAUAUAGAAAAAAUCUCGAUUUGCUUGAACAGGGGCCGCGAGGAAUCGGUAGGUAAUGAUGACGUUUCUAUUAUUGCGUCCGCAAGUACGAAAUGGUUAGGAUGACGUAAAGAAAGAACAUCCCCAAGAGACCGCUUAGGUAGAUUUUGAGACAUUUAUUGUGCAGUCAUACUUCGACGCUCUUUUGCGUUACGCGGUUAUCAGUGACAUUCUGUGGAGCAGUUGUUUCAGUGAAAGUUAUGGACCAAAAUUUCAUUAAGCGCAGAAGAAGUUAUAAGGUGCGUAUAAAUGUGUAUAUAUAAAUACUUGGAGAGUUUGUUAGACACGAGUUCACAAAUCGUUCAUUGGAAACCUUGCCAGACACUCUUUCUCUCUCUUUUACCGGAAUAAGACUCAGCUCCAAACAAGCAAGACGAGUGAGCAACAGCUAGCUUCUCACUAGCAGAACGAUGUACGAUUAGAGAAAUUCGCCAACAAUCAAAUUCUGUGCUGACUUAUUCCCUGCUCAUAGAUGUCCUUCCGCUAUAAAGUUUAAAAUAAGACUAGAAUGCGCGAGUGUGAAUUAAUCAAACGUCCUUUUAUUAAAUUUCUAAGGCUUCCUUUCCGGCAAAGAAAAUGAACUGAAUGUAAAAAGUGAAAGAAAAAUGGCGAAAAAUUCAACUUAUUAUUAAAUCUUUUCUUAUGGUUUAGAAUAAACUGAUUCUCGAAACUUCCAGUCCAGUCCAGUCACUGGCAAUAUUUUCAGGUCAGGUGCAUGUUCUUUGCAUAAGGAACUUUGUCACUUGGGCCUGAUUAAUACAAACGGGUAAGUGACGUUUACUGAAAAUUCGAGGACUUCGAGAAGUGAGAUUCUCUGAUAUCUCAGGUCACCGGAGUAUUCGGAUCUGUAUCGUACGCCAGUGUUUGUUUACAAUUGGUGAUAACAGAGAUUACGAGUAAAUGAACUUUCCAAAGUUUGGCUCAGAAAGUUUAGUCAAACUUAUUUUCUUGUCAAGGGCUGCUGCAGUCUGAAUUCGAAUAAUAUGCCGCAAUAGAAACCAAACACUGAGUUUUCCUGGUUGAAAAAGUGUCAAUCAACGAAGUAAGACAACAGCGAGCAAAAGGAGGUAAAAUGGAGAAACCCCUCAAAUCACACAUAUACGUUUUCGUCUAGCGCGCUCGCUUUUGGUGAGCCAAAAAGGCUUUUAGUAUGACAUACAGGAAGAAUGGUUUCUUCAAAAGGACCCUUUCACACCGGCUAAAUAUAUAUAUACCCUUGAUGCUAUAACAUUCUGAAAUAUGGUAAAAUUCACUGUAUCAACAAAGCACGAAACAUUACUUUCUUUGCGCGGGUGUUAAAAUAGAAAGAAAGCCUAGAUCAAGAUAAAGUAUAGCUUGAAAGUAACUUUAAGAAAUGUGCAACAAACUUUGUAAAGAUGAAAUAGAUUAGCUUUCGCUUUCUCGUACGAGCGUUUUGAAAAUGCCGUGAUUUGCAUAAUUUGCUUCGGGCCUUCGACCAGGUUUAGGCCGAUUUUAAACAUUCCUGUUUUUCGCAAAAACGGAGCUUCGCUGGAUCUUUUGAAUAUUGUUUUUGAAAAUAGUUUACCAAAAGGGUCUUUUUUUGGUGAAAUUAAAAAAAUUCGAAUUUUUUGAUCUGGCGCCGGAUUCUCGAUAUUUACUGAGAACGGUUCUUAAAUUUCUGCGUUCGCGUGUUAUUGAAAAGUGCUAACUGUUUCCGAGAAACUUAACCUUAUUAAUUUAUGCAACUAUAUCUCACAUAUUACGACAAUUCGUUUGAACAAUUUUGUUUCAUUUCUUUUGUUUGACAGGAACUGACACAACUGCAUUUGCAGGAUUUCGCGCCUGCAAAUGUUUGAAAGAUCAUUACCGUACGAAUUUGUUUGGGGUUUGUAAGCCAUGCGAGCUAGGAUCAGAAUGUCAAGAUGAUUGCACAAAUCUUAAAGAUGGCUUUUGGUGGAAAUGGAAGAGUAAGACACACCGUGAGCUGUACAGAAACUUCACCAAAACUGCAAAGGACUCCUCAUUUACUCCUGAAUUACACAACGCGAAUGAUUCCCGUAUCGUAUACCCGUACACCAUUCCUCAUCCGUACAGAUGCCCCAUGACAGAAGCUUGUAAGGGAGGUUUGAAUUCUUCAUGUAAUUCUGGUUAUGAAGGACCACUAUGUGCAGUUUGCAGUGAUGGAUAUUACAAACAACUGAAGAAAUGCAAACUGUGCCCAACUAAAGGAGGGAUAAUCAGACAGCUUGCAAUUAUGGGGGCAAUAGUUAUGUUACUGGUUAUUAUCGUGGUGUGGAGAAGCAAGAAAAAGAGCAAAAAGGAUGCUGGACGAUCUUUUCUUGACAAGGCCCUUGGAAGUAUUAAAGUUACAAUUGGCUUUUAUCAAGUGACUUUUGGUAUCAUGGAAGCGUUUUCAUACAUUAAGUGGCCUGAAAGUCUCUCAGUUAUUGGAGGAUAUUCCGAGAUUGUUCAGGUUAACAUUGUUCAGAUAGCCCCCCUCCACUGCAUCAUUCCCAGCUUGAAAUUUGACGCAUUCGCAAGUCUUUUUGCAGUUAUGGGAUUGAAUUUUGUAGCGGUGAUUGUGGCCCUUGCAAGCUUCGCCUUUGCCACUUGGAAAUCAACACGACAUAUUUUGAAUGAAGAAGAAAAAAUAAGGAAAAAGGAACAAAUUAAAAUGGUCGUAAAGAGAAAUCUGUUUUUCUUUCUUUACGUGACCUACCUGAACACUUGCCUAAAAACAGCCCAAGUUUUGCCCCUUACCUGCCACAGGAUCUGCGUUGACCAGGAGAAAGAUGAAGGAUGCGAGCAAUAUUUGAAAGCCGACUACAGCAUUAACUGUAAAGGGGAGAGAUACAACCGAUUUGUCUUCGUGGGAUACUGUUCCACUGUGUAUGUGAUUGUUCUGCCUGUUGCUGCUUUUAUAGCAAUUUGGAAACAGCAAAGAGCAGAAAGGAAAGCUAAGGAGGAAGCAACAAACGACACAAAUGCUCUUGAAGACCAAAGCACGGUGCAAACGGCAUUAUGGUUCUUACACGAGAACUACCACUCUCGUUGUUGGUAUUGGGAAGCGGUGGAGACAGCUCGAAAGGUUAUUUUGACCUCUGGAUUGAUCCUUCUUGGUGGCGAGAGCAGAGCGUACAUUGGAUUGGCUUUGGUUUCGUCUGGACUGUUUAGUAUGUAUUUCGGGUUAAAAAAUCCAAUGAGUGAUCCAUUCGAAAACAAGCUUAUGUUGUCUUCACUUGCCGUUACCUUCGUAAACCUUGCAAUCGGAGCCGUCAGCUCAAUCCCAGAUGAAAGUUUUCCGUCAUCAGUCGACCCAAUCAUGGAUACCCUUCUGUUCAAUGGCUUGAUUUAUGUUGCCAACUCCUUGGUCAUUGGACUCCUUCUUGGUAAGUCAAUAGCAAAAAUUGUUUGUCUGUCACAGUCCUGCUCAUUCCUCAUCUAA